AUGGUCGGGCCGGAGGCCCUGGGCCUGAGGGGCCCCCGGGCACCCUUCCUGGCUGAGCCCUGGUGCGGGCAGCUGUGCAGCGCAGCAGGAGGGAGGCCGCUGGCCCCCGCGCAGGCUCUCACCACGGAGCUGGGGCCGGGGCCCCUGGCAUCGGGAGAGACAGCACCCGCGGGGGUUACUGCGGGGUCAGGCCUGCAGCUGAAGGACGGAGAGGAUGGGGAGACCCCACCCCCCAUGUCCCAGAAGAUGGGGACCCCCGCACAGCCCAGAGAAUGGGGGGACCCUGCUCUGUGGCCUCAGACCCUGCCCGGCCCCUAUUCCCGAGCCUCUGGCCUGUGUCCUGGCUGUGCCCUGAGGAGGGGGGCCGGCCUCCCGUGGGGCUUGGGGCACACGCUGGAUGGCUGGUCGGUGGUGGACACGAUGGUGGUGCCCACCAAAACGCCAGACCGGAAGCUCGUCUUCCGCAGAGGGACCUUGGAGCGCCUGACAGAGAAAAUCAGAGGGUCCCCGGGAAUCACCGCCGUCUUCCUGAAUGUGGAGAGGAUGGCUGCACCCACCAAGAAAGAACUGGAAGCCGCCUGGGGUGUGCGGGUGUUCGACCGAUUCACGGUGGUUCUUCAUAUUUUCCGCUGCAACGCCCGCACCAAGGAGGCCCGGCUGCAGGUGGCACUGGCGGAGCUCCCCCUGCUCAGGUCCUGCCUGAAAAACCACGUUGCCCACCUGGGCGGACGAGGACGGGACUCCCGCAACAUCAUGGGGUCAGGAGAGUCUUUCCUGCAGGUGCAGCAGCGCCUUCUGAAAGAUAAGGAAGCGAAGAUUCGGAAGGCCCUGGAUAGACUCCGCCGGAAGAGGCUUCUCCUGGGCCAGCAGCGGAGGCGGCAGGAGAUCCCUGUGGUCUCCGUGGUGGGCUACACAAACUGCGGAAAGACCACGUUGAUCAAGGCGCUGACAGGGGACCUCGCCAUCCAGCCCCGGGACCAGCUGUUUGCCACGCUGGACGUCACGGCGCACGCGGGGUGGCUGCCCUCUCGGGUGACCGUCAUCUACAUGGACACCAUUGGCUUCCUCUCCCAGCUGCCCCACAGCCUGGUCGAGUCCUUCUCGGCGACCCUGGAGGACGUGCGCCACUUGACAGCGUUUGGGACUCCCGCGGCCGCCCUCGGACCCCCAUCAAGGCAGGGUCUGCGACCCCUGGAGCCACACUCGGAUCCGCCAAGGCAGAGUUCAGGGUUCCGGAACUGA